AUGGCGUUUGUUUUUCUGACUUUUUCAGAGGUCGAUCUGACCAGCCAAUUAUUGACCUCAAGACAUAAAAGUGAUGUUAACCGUAGACAUUUACCUCGCAGUACAUCACUAGAUGUCUUGCCAAAAACUAAUCUGAUAAAGACGCAGUCUUUGGAAACUCUCAGUCGAGAUCCUUUACAACGGCACUCGGUGUGGGAUUUGCCAAUUCGGGAUCCAAACAAGGUGCUUGAAGUAAAUGUUUCAAAAUUACAAAAGAAAGAUGUACAAAAUGGUUCAUCAACAAUUCUCCAAACAAAAGAUAUUUACCGGGAGGCAUUUGAAAAUACCCGUGAAGCAGAAGAGCAGAAAUUCCGGGUCAAAUUUGACUCUCUGCUGGAUGAUCUUAGACAAGCAUUGGACAGUCAAACAUCCAGUGGAAUUUCCAGUAUCCAUGAUAGUACAUCUUAUGGGGAAAUCAUGGUCAGUUAUCGGAAACGUAUUCGAGAAUUACUCUCUGUUUUAUCACAGCGACUACAGCUAGCUGUUGAAAAUUAUCUUGAAGAAGAGAGUUCAGCUAAUGUUUCCCAGGAAGUAAAACAGAUUGUAUCGAGGCUUGUGGAAGAUCAACUUGGAGAGUCUGUUGAUUUGACAUCAGAUGAAGCAGUAUCUGAUCUUUCGUCCUUAUCAGACGAAUCCACAGAAGUCCACCAAUGCUAUGAGGAUCAGCUAGCACAAGCAGUGGUUUCUAAGGUUAUUGAAAAUCAGAGACGAGAGGGAAUGCUAAAUCCUCAAGAACGGGUUCAGGAAAUUCUUGAAGCAACAAAUGCAUCAACAGAAGCCAGUCAAGUGCCACAAUCACCUGAUGACACUGCUGCCAAAAUCUUUGCUGAACUCAAAUCUUACACAAAGUCUUUACCUGGUCGGAAAUUACCAAAGCCACUUCAGGUAGAAGAAAUUGUCAUCCCUUAUGAGCCACCAAUUGAAAAGAAAUUUGUAAGUCGGGUGAAGUCCCCUAAUCAAACACCAAGCCUUAACCUUACAAGUCGGGACUUGGCAGACAGGUCACAUUGUACUUUACCCAAUCUUGAUGAGUUGGAUUUUGAAUCAAAAGAGAUUGACCCAGACUUGUUGUCACUCAAUUUGACUCCAAUUAAAGAAGUUGAUGAAGAGAUUGAGGACAUGAUAGACUUAAGUGCUGGUAAUUCACUCAACUGGCACCAGAAUUGGAUCCUUCGUGAUUUGAGCUCUAAGAAGAGAGUUGAGGAGAUUUCGCAAAACCACCCUGUGUUGGUGCCUCAACCUGAAGAAGUCUUGUCACCCAAGAUUGGGAACAAGGAUGCAGAUGAACUAUCAGACCUCUCGGAGAAUGAUGAGCUCGAAAGGGAUGUUGGCAGUAGUCUCUCAGGUGAGGGUGAACUUUCUCACUCGAAUGAAGACUUAGCUGAGAAAGAACCAAAGUCUCUAACAGAACUUUUCUCACCUGUUGAAACCAUUUCUACCAACCCUCCCACACCUCCUCUAGAGACGAGUUCACCUUUGAAGACAUCAGAUGCUGAAGAUUCCUACAGUUCCAUACCUGACAAACAAUCAACUACCUCACAGAUGCCAGUCACCAAUGUCAAUCCGGAACCCGUCAUCAAAUCAAUUCCUUCUGAGGAAGGGGAUCCAAAAUUUGAAAUUCUUCCUGAAAGUCAAAAAAUUGCUGAAGGAGAAGCUGUAAAAUGGCAGUGCCAUGUUAGUGGCACAGAACCAAUUGACAUUUUCUGGUUCAGGAUUGAGUCUGAAGUUCAUGAGCUGGAAGAAGAUGAGAAAUAUGAGAUGACCAAAGAUACAAAUAAACAUACACUGACCAUCCAUUAUCCCAGCAAAACAGAGGCUGGUCAAUACAUGUGUAUUGCAGUUAAUGAAAAGGGCAAAUGUUCAGAAUAUUUCAUUCUCAACAUUGAAGAUAAUACUCAGCCUAUAAAAGCACCAGAAUUUUUGAAGUCUCCAAAGGAUGUGGAAGUGACAGAAGGACAAAUGGUUAAGUUCAGGUGUAAAGUUAAAGGGUAUCCACCUCCUCGUAUCACAUGGUAUAAAGAUGGAAAACUGCUGAAGGGAAACUCCUCUUGUAAAUUAGAAAAAUUUGGCAACAGGGAUUACCUUUUAACUAUUGAAUAUGCCACAAUGGAUGAUGAUGCUGAAUAUAGUGUUUUGGCAAAGAACAUUGGUGGUGAGAGCCGAGCAAUGGCGCAGCUGUUAGUAGAACCAUUGGACUCUAUGGAAUCUGAUUCAAUUAAUUCAUUGAGGGCAAGACUAAGUUUUUCCUCAAACACACCCAGUACAGCACCAUCAGAAAGUUCCCCUGAAAGAAGUUCUCCCAUCAUGCUUCAAAGCAAAGUGGAGGAGAAUGCUUCAGCUAAUAAAGAUUUGCACAUACAGAAUUUGAGCCGAAAAAUGACCAGAACAAAAGAUGGUGUGUCUGAUGUCGCUGAAGAAUUGUUACAAUCUGCUGAUGAGAUGUCAUUAAUUCAACAACACUUGGACUUUAUGGACCACACAUUAAAUAAACUGGAGAUUAAUAUCAAUCAAGACCUUACAAAAGAUACCAGUAAUGAUCAAGAUUCAUUAAACAAUAAUGAAGAGCCUCGAAUUGAUGAUUUAUUUGCACACCAGGUGUUGGCAGAAUAUCAUGUCCAGUCAGACAGUGGUCACUAUGUAUCACAGGAUCCUGUAACAUGCCGCAAGAAUGACACUGAGAAAAUGACAGAAGAAGGAGUAUUGAAAGAAGAUGAAGUGGAAGAUGCUGUUACACUAGAUGAUGAAUUGGUUGUUGAUGACAUGUUUACACACAGAGUUCUUGAUGAACACCGACAGCAGAAAGCUGCAGCAGAAAAUAUGAGGAAGGUAACAACAUCAGCUCUAGCAAUUCUUCAGAGUGCAGAAGAUGCCCUUGCACGAGAAAGAAAAGACAGUCAGAACAAUGUGAUAUUAGCAGAGCAGGAGAUGGAAGAAGUCUUUGGUCAGUACAAGACAAAUGAACUUUCCAGUUGUAAAGAUUCCAAAAUGAUAGCAAGUGAAGAAACUAGUUUAAAUAUUGGACUGACUCCAGAAACCGAUAAAAAGAAUCCUUUCUCUGCCAAUGAAAAUAUUCUUGUUGGUAUUGGUUGUGCAUCUCCAGUUGAAGACAAAGUUACCAAUCUGAGUGCAGCUGAGAAACUAAAUUUUGGACCCAAGCCAAUUGAUCAUAAACGCUUUAGUCGUGAUUUUUAUGUCAACAGUCCGUUGGUUAUGAGUAAGAACUCUUCAUCUAAAAAAGCUAAAGAAGUAGCAGAAACUGAAGACAAGAUUUAUAUCGCAGCCAAUGGAGUCUACUCUUUGGAAGACAAAAUCCAACAGCUUGAAGCACAAGUGGAAAACAUUCAUGAGGGAAUGUCUGAGAAGAGCAUGUCUGAUCUUGAAGAUGAAGUGGCCAAAACAGUAGCUCAAGUGGAACACAGCGAACAUCAGGUAGCCUCCCUUGAGAGUUCAGUUGAUCAAUUACAAAGAGUCACCGAGUGCCUCCCAAGCUUAUCACCCAGGCAGUCAGUUGAUUCAGGAGUCUCAUCUACAAAAGAACAAUUCCAUGUUCCUAGAAUUCUAAUUGGUCAAAGUUCAGAAGAAGAGGUUCCAGAAUCCAGAUCUGAAUUUGAUGCCGAUUCUGGCAUUGGAAUGCCAUCAGUAACCCAGUUGAAAGCCAUGUUUAAUCAGCCUAAAGACACUCCAGGAGAUGCGUCUGUUAAAAGGACAAAACUUACAUUUACACCGAUUCACAGUAUCACAGCUCGCAGUCUGUCAAAAAUACAAAUGGAAGAAAUUCAAAAACAGCGAACAGAAGAAGCAAAAAAGCAGACAAUUGGACUUGAUGGGCGUCCAGUUGAAAGACACCGACCUAGUUUAAAAACGGUACCAGCACCUCAGCCACCUGGUGGCCUGAGCCAAAAUAAUCCCACACGUCGACGAGCACCACUUGCUCCACCAUUAAGAGAUAUUGAAGCAGACUCAGGAGGAAUGGACAAGACUCCUCGGAUAAAGAAAGGGUGCAUAGCAGCACGAGCAGCAUUCUGGGAAAAGGAAAGAGGGUUAACAAUGAGGGCACCAAAACCUUUUGGUCACAAGGAAAGAAAAAGACCAGUGCCAUACUAA